ACAAGACUGCUCCUGUCCCAGCCGCUAACAGGGAUGUCUUUGUUCAAUGAAGUUUGCACUGCUGACGUGCUGGAUACAAGGGCGUCAGCCACUUCUCUUUGCCUGUGCACAUUUCCUCCCAGUGUUCUUCCCCCGGUGGUUUCCAUAGUUCAUCACCCUGUGGGCCCCUCAGCAGCCGCUGCUCUUCCCGGCGGUGGGGGGAGCCUGGCCGUUGAGCUCGAGGCUGGAAGCAGAGCUGCAGCGAAAUUUCGGGGCUGCACCCCUCCCAGUGCCGCCAGCGCCUGCUCCCAGCCCAGCCCAGCCCCCGCCGAGAUCAGCCCCGGCUCCAGCCGCAGCUGCAGCACCCCGCAGAGCCGGGGGCACGUGCCCCCCCGCCCGGGCUACGCACAGCGGCAGGAGCUGCACACUCCCACGAGCCACGGUGACCCUACAGCUCCCUGCGAGAGGCACUGCAUCCUGGUGCACCUGUCGCUGCACGGGAUGGGCUGCUGCGCACGGACAUUGCGGCUGCAAGCGCCGCAGGAAGCUGCUGUGAAGGUGGCGCCAGGCUCCCGGCUGCUACUCCUGCUGCUGCUCGUGGGCACUGCAGCUGUGCCAGGAACCAGCGCCAUGCCGACCGUCACUCCCGCAGGCUUCCACUCCUACCAGCAUCUCUACACGGGGGUGUCAGACCCCGGCCCGGACAUGCCCGCCUUCACUGCUGAGAGCUACGUGGAUGACCAGCAAAUUCUGCACUAUGACAGCGAGACGCAGAGACAGAAGCCACGCGCAGACUGGAUACUAGGGGCCAUCGAGCCAGACUUCUGGAAGGGGGAAACCAUGUCCUUGCGGAGCUGGCAGGAUGGAUUUAAACGGAACCUGGUCACGCUGCAGCAUCGCUACAACCAGACCAGGGAGUCUCACACUCUGCAGCUCAUGUACGGCUGCGAGCUCCGUGAAGACGGCAGCACUGGAGGCUACAUGCAGUUGGGCUAUGACGGGGGAGACUUCAUCAGCUAUGACCUGGGAACGCGCACCUGGGUAGCAGCCCCCACACAGGCCCAGGUCACCCAGCGCAGCUGGAAUGAGGAUAAGGCCCUUCUUCAGAUUACCAGUACCUACCUGGAGAAGACCUGCAUCGAGUGGCUGUGGAAGUACCUGCAGUGCGGGGAGGCAGCACUGCAGCGCAAGCGUCCCAUGGCACAGGUGAGCGACAGGCCAUCCCAGGAUGGACGCACCACCCUGUCCUGCCGGGUCCACGGCUUCUACCCCAAGGACGUGGCUGUCGUUUGGCUGAAGAACGGGGAGGCGCAGACCCAGGAGACAACCCGCUCUGAGGUUUUUCCCAGCGGAGAUGGGACCUACCAGACCCGGGCCACCAUUGAGAUAGACCCCAGCAGAAACCACAAUUAUGUCUGCAGCGUGGAGCACGAGAGCCUGGGGGCAGCCCUGAGAGAGUCCUGGGACAAGGGCAGGACGGAGUCCAACUUGAUACCAGUUGUGGGCAUUGUUAUCAGUUUUGUUGCAGUGGCCUUUGGGAUCAUUGUCUGUCUCUUGUGCUUUCCUGACUCGCGAAGCCUGGGAGAGUGAAUCCUCAGAGAGCUCCCGGAUCAAUGUCUACUUCAGCACCUGAACCAAAACUAAGUGCAAGGGGCUCUGGCCUGAGGGACCCCCCAAAGGAGAUGCCUCCCCUCUCUGAGCCAGCCCUGGGAGCCUGGGUCACCCCAAUGCAGGCUGCUAUGAGGCCGAGCAUGUCUGGGGGUAAGGUGACCUGAUCCCGGCUCAGAAAAAU